AGUCUAUCACUCGAGUUCGGCGCGCACAGAUGUUUAACUCAGUUCCCGCUACGAUAUAUUGCUUGGCUGAAUGAAUCGUUAAUUCCUUUGUCUACACGAUAAUUGCUGCGAUCACCGCGACCUUUACUGAACCACAAAAUGCCGAGAGAUGAUGAGGAGCCAAUUAUUGGCGCUGAUGAUGAACCGCUGGACAUCGAAGUGCGGUCGCCGCCACCCAGCAAUAGGACAUUCUCUAGCUGGCUAAAACGACCCCGCUCGCUUAUUUUAGAGCCCGCCGUGUUUCUGGUUUUCUUUGGCAGAUUCCUAACAGAUGCCGUUUACCAGAACCAGAUACUCUACCAGACCUGUGUCACGGUCAUGAAAUACAAUGCUACCGAAUGCGAGCCAUUUCUCGGUACGGAUCGUGCCUCCGAUGAGGUUAAGAAGAUUGAGGGGCAAGUUCAGGAGUAUGCCUCGACCAUCACAAUGAUAAGCUCGAUGCUCGAGAGCACCGUUCCCGCCAUAGUAAGCCUCUUCCUGGGACCCUGGUCAGAUAAGUUCGGCAGAAGGCCCAUCCUGCUAUCCACGUUUACAGGCUACCUUUUCAGCGCAAUCAUCCUGGUUGUUCUUACUCAAAUAACGACUGCUGUCAAUAUCAGUCCCUGGUGGUUCCUUUUGUCCUCUGUGCCAUCGGUGUUCAGCGGAGGCACCUGCGCCCUUAUCACCAUCCUCUACUGCUAUGUAUCCGAUGUGGCCACCGAGAAUAAGCGGGCCAUGAGAAUGGUGACCAUGGAAGCUGCCCUUGGCCUGGGCAUGAUGGCUGGCGGAGUAGCUAGUGGCUAUAUCUAUGCGGCUACUGGAGCUUCAAUACUCUUUAUCUUGGUGGGAUCGAUUAUCUCCAUUGCGCUCUUAUACGUAUAUUUCUUUGUGGCCGAGAGUCUGAAGUCCGAAGAUUUGGAAACUGGGUCCCGAAUCCGCGAGUUCUUCCGUUUGGACCUGGUUAAGGUCCUCGUAAAGACCUGCAUCAGGAAGCGCGAGAACUACGAUCGUGCUAUCAUCUGGUUUGUGAUGAUGUCGCUGACACUGUGCGUUUUUGCCAUGGAGGGCGAGUCCACAGUGAACUACAUGUUCAUGCGGAAGCAGUUCGAUUACACGGUCCAGGACUACAGUGUGUUUAACGCGGCGAGGGUGGUCAUUCAAGUGGUUGGCAGUACCAUCGCCAUGAUCCUACUGCGCCGCCUUUUGGGACUGUCCACCAUCAUGAUGACACUCCUGGCCUUCGCCUGUUGUGUUCUUGAGAGCACGGUCAGAGCCACGGCCGUAUACGGCAGCGAGAUGUACUUGGCCCUCAUGGUGGGCAUGAUGCGGGGCGUCAUGUCGCCCAUGUGCAAGGCCAUCCUGUCGCACGUGACUCCCAGUUCGGAGUUGGGUAAAAUCUUCUCGCUAACUACUUCCCUGCAGUCCAUUUCCCCUUUGGGAGCGGCACCUCUCUAUACGGCCGUGUACCAGGCAACAGUUAACUUCUAUCCGGGAAUCUUCAACUUCAUCAGUGUGGGACUGUACUUCCUGUGCUUCUGCAUGUCGGCCGCGGUAUUCGGCAUUCAAAAGUCAAUGGGCAGCAACAGCGUUUACCAGGCCAUAGGCAGUUGACCCAAUAUAGUUGUGAACCAUUCAUAGGCCAGUGUAUUAAUACGUAUGUACAAGUUAACACAAUCACAAAACACCCGAAAUAUAGUCGUAAGCCUCAAGUGCUUUUCCCAUCUAUAGAUCGAGCUUUACCUAUAAGAAACUGUAACUUGUUAAGCUUUAGAGAUAAGAACUCUUGCUAUACUUAAGUCAGUCGAUUUUGGAAGAUUAGAAGCGUCGGUCAUCGCCACGUACUUACUAUUCGUCUCAUUAAGUGCAGACCGCGCAAGCCCUAUUGUAAUUAAUAAACUUACGCUAAUAAAUAUAUGGAAAAUCUACUAAAAUGAUAAUUGGCGCCCAAACGGAUAUAAAAACCUACGAUAACUGAAUAAUUAUAAAUAAAUAACAAAAGGAGGAUCCGGAGACAAAACCAGCGGCUUUGGCUAAUUAACUCUAACCUAAGAAAUAAAAAUUUCGUGAUUACAUAAAAUAUAAUAUUAAUUACUAAGACCAUCUACCUUAAAAUUGUUUGUUAAUCACUAUUAUUAUAUUGUAAGUAUAACGCUUAUUGAACGAAUUAAAAAUAUUAUUAUUAUUAUUAUAUUAUAACCU